CCUUCGAUAACUCAAAGAGUUUCAUAAAGUAAUAGAAAAAAUGGCGAGCUCAAUUGGAAGAAUAAGAGCAUUGCAGCUAGGUCGCCAAAUUAGGCAUUUCAGCUCUAGUUCUGCUCGAUAUGCAGCCGAAGUCAAGAGCCUAGGCGUCUUAGGUGCAGGUCAAAUGGGACUUGGUAUUGCUUUGGUUGCCGCUCAAAAAGCUGGUGUUCCCGUCACACUUGUCGACUCAUCACAAUCAUCUCUCGAUAAAGGAAUAUCAUUUGCAGAGAAGCUCCUAUCCAAAGAUGUAUCGAAAGCACGAAUCACCCAAGAACAAGCGGAUGCGGCUAGGGCCUUGCUCUCACCUACCACAGCUAUUGAAGAUCUCUCAAGUGUUGAUUUUGUGAUUGAGGCCGUGCCGGAGAUUCCCCAACUGAAAUUUGACAUUUUCUCUAAGCUGGCAGAAAUUUGUCCGAAGCACACUAUCUUAGCAACUAACACGUCUUCUAUCUCGAUCACCAAGAUCGCAGCUGCAACUACUAAAGAUCCGAGGGAUACGUCAGCGAGCUCUCGCGUAGUAUCAACUCACUUCAUGAACCCCGUGCCCGUUCAGAAAGGCGUGGAGAUUAUUAGCGGGCUACAGACAAGCGCAGAAACCGUCGACACUGCGGUUGCCUUCUGUAAAGCUAUGGGGAAAAUUCCCUCGGUGUCUGCAGACUCCCCGGGUUUCUUAGCGAACCGAAUUCUAAUGCCUUACAUCAAUGAGGCCGUAAUAUGUCUAGAAACUGGUGUCGGAGAUCGGGACUCCAUUGAUGCCAUUAUGAAGAACGGUACUAAUGUACCGAUGGGGCCGCUCCAACUUGCCGACUUCAUUGGACUCGACACAUGUCUAGCUAUCAUGAAGGUCCUUCACCAAGAAACGGGUGACUCUAAGUACCGGCCGAGCGUGUUACUCGCUAAGAUGGUGGAUGCUGGUUGGUUGGGAAAGAAGAGUGGUAAGGGAUUUUAUGAAUAUUAGAUGAGUAAGAUGUACCUAUAAGCCAUCUUAACAGCAUCUUCGCCUCAUACACCAAAAUAAUAAAGAAUAUCUAUACUUCA